AUGAAGCGGAGAACACCCCUUCUCCCCAGACUUCGAUGCUUCACGCUGGCAUCAACACCCAACAUGCCCGACAACUCGGUGGAUCCGACCCUCCCACCACCUGCAGUACGCGAUAUUCUUCGCGUGGGUCUCAGCGCUAAAGAGUACCGGAUCCUUCACGAGACCCUCCUGAAACGCGCCCCGGCUGUCCAAGCCAAACUCCCAUCCCCAUCGCGAUUCGAUGCCAUCGUCCGACCCAAGAACCGACAUAGCGAGGCCGCUAUCCGCGCAUCGCUGCGCGUCUUUGUCGGCUCGGGGAUUGCCUUGAAGUUGGCCGAUCUCCUGAUUUCUCGAUUCCAAGGCGCCACAGAAAAGAAGACCCGCACUCCACUCCUCCGCUCUCCCAAGUUCCGCCUCUCAAUCUCCCUAUCUCUCCUCCUUUUCAUCCACCGCCUCCUGUAUCGCUUCCUGGUCCGAUUGCGAGCCAACCUUCGCACCGAUGAUGCGCAGCCUUUCAGAGAGCGCAACCCGCGCAUUUCACGUGCAUUGACCUCGCGCUAUGCUCCGGCCAUUGGCGCCAGUUUGGCGGGUUUUGCUCUGGGUAUCGCGCCCCAAGAUCAGCUGCGACUGACUGCAGCGGUCUACACGGGAAUGCGAAGUUUGGAAUUCUCGUUCAAUUUCAUUGAUUCCAAGGGUUGGUUGGGUAAACGCCCAGAGUGGUUUGGCAGCUGGAUGUUGAUGCCCGUUGCGUUUGCGCAACUUUUCCACGCCUUUGUGUUCGACCGGGAAACGACACCCACGUGGUUUGGAAAUGUCAUUCUCAGACUCUCACCCAGCUAUAUUCAAAGCCGACCGGAGGCGCUUCCGGACCACGUUGCAUGGCCCGAGAAACAGGAGAUAGUGGACUCUCUGGCAUCCAUUGCUAGUCUACGCUGGCCAGCCUUCGUUUCUCCCAUCCUACACCCUAACGACCCUACCACUUUGCCAUCUUCCGUGUCGUCCAUUUCGCCAAUCACCGGCCCAGCACACCCCGCAAUAACGAGCUUAUCAUGCGCUCUUUUGCACCCCAACCUGCCAAAUUGCAGUACGGCAUUCCUACACCAUAUUCUUCUUUCUGUGCCGAUACUCGCGCGGUUCGUUACCUCCGUCACUCUGGCCCUGUCAAUCCCGAAACUCAAGAGCCUCAUGCUUGAGCCCAUGUCAUCGAUCAAUGAUAUGUCCAAGCGCAUAAUUAAGAUGACAGCGGUACUGUCCGUUGCCAUCGGGUCCGCCUGGGGUAGUGUUUGUCUUUUGAACAAGAAUCUACCGCGCUCCACGCUGCCCACCAAGCGUUUCUUUAUCAGCGGAGCACUGGGCGGCCUGCCAUUCAUGUUCCUGGGAAAUAGUCGUACCACAUUCCUCUACUUUUUCCGGUCCGCUAUUGUUUCCGCAUACAAGACCGGAAUCAAGCGUGGCCUUUGGAAGGGAGGGAAGGGCGGUGAACUACUCCUAUUUGUCCUCUCCUGGGCGUUGAUGGGCUCGAUCCUCGAGGCUAACCCUCACGCUGUGCAAGGCGGCGGUCUGCGUAAGGGGCUGGCCUGGCUGAGAGGUGAUGGAUUCGCUGACCCGGUGGAGGUGAAGCGCAAACCGCGACGGGAAAAGAAGCCCGGUAAUGAAUAA